AUGCCGCGCCGCUCCAACACCACCGGCGUGCGGGAGCGCCCUAGCGGUGCGUUCUACGCGGAGAACCGUUCCAGGCCGGAACGGAUCAACCUCAGCACGUACGAGACGGCGCACGAGGCGACGCGCGCCUACGAUGUGGCGGCCUGGCGCCUCGGCCGCCCGCACGCGGAGAUGAACUUCCAUGACGUCUGGAUGCAAGAGCAGGCGGAGGAUCUGGCGCCGCCUCCGUGCCUCUUCACCGACGAGGACAAGCGCCACCACAAGAUGCUACAACGGCAGCUCUACCACGCCGUCGAGGACGAGAGCCUCAUGGCCGAGUGGAAGAGGCGCUUCCCAGCGGAUGUCCAGGAGAUGCGCGCCUUCUACGUCGAGCACAAGGAGGUGCGGAAGGCGAGCCGCGUCGCAAGGAUGAAGGAUAAAGCAGAGCUCCGCGCCUUCAUCCUGGCGCAGGAGGCUGGCCCUCAGACGAUCGGCGACAAUGACGACAUGUGGCAGGACGUGUUCUCCUCCACGCCGGUGUCCGACACCACUGUGUCUGCAGGAUCGGACUAG